AUGAACAUCGAAGCAGGAACGUCCAUCAAACCCAAGGCCCGUGACAGCCGAUUCGCUGCGUCAUUUGAGGCCAAGUACGAUGGAGAAAACAUCAAGAACGUACCGUGGGUGGCAGUCAUGGGCAACCACGACUAUGGUGGUUCUGAUUACAUCUGCAGUAGUGGAGACAAGCUUGUUCCGUGCAACAACACUGCAGAGUUGUUUCAAGGUCUUGAGAACGAGCUCAAGUGGCAAUCUGAGUACACGAGCCCCAACGACAAUCGCUGGGCUAUGGACGGUCAUUUCUACGUCCACCGGGUAAAUGACCCUGCCACGGGUGUGAGCAUCGACAUCUUCAAUGUCGACACGAACGACAAUGACCACAGUGCCGAACUCAUUUGUUGCCAAUGCUACGGGUACGCGAAAAACGACAGUUCCGGCUGCAACACGAUUACUCGGGAAGGCAAAUAUUGUUUUGGUGGUGACAAGGCCAUGUUCGACACUUGCAAGGCCAAAUUUGCUGAAUGGGGCAACGAGUCACGCGCUCAAGUGGCAAAACUGGCAGCCAAAUCUGAUGCAACGUGGAAGAUCGUCAACAGCCACUACAGUCCGUACGACCACUACGCCGAGCCUGGCAUGAAAAAGUGGUUUGAUACUUUGAGGAACUCUGGUGUUCGAGCAUUUCUUCAUGGCCACACUCACGCUGAGAAGCACGACUAUUCGAAGUCUAUUGGAGUCCACUUCAUCGAGAAUGGUGUCGGUGGUGGCCGUCAGUCUGGCAAAGUGAGUACCAUCCAGCCUUAUGCGACGGACCUCGUCAAGAACGUGUGGUCGUACACGAUUGGAGAGUACGGUUUCAUUUCACUCCAGGCGUCGAAAGACUGGCUGAAACUACAGUAUCACACUGCCGACAGCAACUGGAAGUUUACGGAGAAAUGGACAGACACGACCAUUGGUGGCGUGGCGACCAAGCACUGCUGGUACAUUCCGUCUGACGGAUCAGAGGGUAAGGCAUGCUAG